AUGGCGCAGUCGCCUCUAUCCGGCGUCAUGAUGCCGCCACGCUUCAACAUCGAGUUGGACCGUACGGACCCCGACGUUCCCUUCCGCGCAUCGCAGUCACACAUCCAUCACACAUGGGCUCGGACGUUCCAUUCGCGGCCGGAGCUCUACAUCCGGCCGCAGAGUCUUCAAGAAGUGCAGAAGGUUGUUAACCUUGCGAGACGUAUGCGAAAGCGCGUAGUUACUGUAGGAUGCGGACAUUCACCCUCAGAUAUAACAUGCACGUCGGCAUGGAUGAUCAACCUCGACGACUACAAGGAGGUGUUGAACGUGGACAAGGAGCGCAAGACGAUGACUGUGCAGGCUGGAAUACGCCUACACAAUCUCAACCUACAAGCGAAGAGCCACGGCUUGACUAUGCCGAAUCUCGGAUCCAUCGACGACCAAUCGCUGGCGGGAGCGAUUGCGACAGCGACGCACGGCAGCUCAUACAACCACGGCCUCCUCUCCGACCGCGUCCAAAGUCUGCGUAUAGUGCUGGCGAACGGCCAAGCCGUACGCUGUUCCCCCCAGCAAUCGCCGGAUCUCUUCCGGGCCGCGCUCGUCUCGCUGGGCGCAUUAGGCAUUAUCGUCGAAAUCGAGUUCCAGAUGAUCGAAGCGAACAACGUCGAAUGGAUACAGACUAUACUACCGAUUGAAGAUGUUUUGGCAGAUUGGAACAACGGGCUCUGGACAUCGAGCGAGUUUACGCGAGUAUGGUGGCUACCAUACAUGAAGCGUGCAGUCGUAUGGCGGGCGGACAAGACAGACAAGGCACAUCGGCAACCGGAGUACAACUGGUAUGGCGGCAGCGUCGGCUUCCACACAUACCACAUUCUCCUCUGGAUAUCGCAGUAUGUCCCGCGCUUCCUGCCUUGGGUGGAGUGGUUCGUCUUCGGCAUGCAGUACGGUUUUAAAGACGGCGCUCUCAUCUCUGCUGUUGGCGAGCAGCGCACGGAGCUGUUGAUGAACUGUCUCUACUCGCAAUUCGUCAACGAAUGGAGCGUGCCCCUCGACAAGGGUCCCGAGGUACUGUCGCGAUUGACAGACUGGUUGCACGGCGACGAGCAAUCUUCCGGCAUUCCCUUCAGCACCAAGGGUCUCUACGUCCACUCGCCCAUCGAAGUCCGCAUCGCAAACACCGUCAACCGAGAACCGCGUCCAUUCCUGGACACCUCAUAUCCUGAUCAACCUGCUCUGUACCUCAACGCAACGCUCUACCGUCCCUACGGCCAGGACCCCCCUUGCCGCGAACGCUACUACCAGGCCUUCGAACACCUGAUGAAAGAGUACAACGGCCGACCUCACUGGGCGAAGAAUUUCCAAUCCGUCGACAACGCAUACCUCUCCUCCGUAUACGGCAACGACCUAGACGAAUACAACCGCGUCCGCAACGAAGUCGACCCCGAAGGCAUGUUCCUCGGCGCCUGGCACCGUCGCACCAUCCUCCCUCCCAAGACCGACCUCCCCCUUCUACCUCUCGAAGAAAAGGAAGUCGUACGCCGCGACCGACGCACGGGUGGAGUUGACUGGAUAGGCGAGCAAGCCCGGUGGUUCGAUGGCGGUGCUGAUGUGUUUGAGAAGGCGGGCAGUGAGUCUGGCGAAAGCUUCGAUUACAUGGCCGGCGCGGAAGCGGAGAGUAGUGUGUUGUUGGAGAGCUUGAGCGAUGAGCUCAUUGUUACAGAGGAGACUUAUGAGAAUGUUACGGAGAGCCGGAGGAGAGAGGGGACUGAGGAGUAUGUUACGGGUACGAAUGUGUUCAAUAAGAUGUAG